AUGGCAGGAGGGCGUGGCGCUCUCAUCCAAUCGCGCCGAGCGGUGGGCGUGCCCUCAGCAGCUCCGUGCCCACCCGUGCCCAGGUGCCAGGGAGGAGCCAGGCCUUGGUGGCAGCACAUCUGUCACCCUGUUCCUGCUCGGGAGCGCUCCCGUCUGCCCGACGCCAGCGCCCGACCUUUGGCUGCUGCUGGGGCUGGGUCUGAUUCCCGGGAUGGGUCGACACACAAUGAGAUGGAAAAGAACAGGCGUGCCCAGCUGCGGCUGUGCCUGGAGAGGCUGAAGGGGCUGGUGCCGCUGGGGGCGGCGGCCGGGCGGCACACCACGCUCAGCCUGCUCACCAGGGCCCGCCUCCACAUCCAGAAGCUGGAGGACCAGGAGCGCCGGGCCCUGCACCAGAUCGAGCAGCUGCAGCGGGAGCAGCGGCACCUGCAGCGGCAGCUGGAGAAGCUGGGCGUGGAGCGGCUCAGGAUGGACAGCAUCGGCUCCAGCCUCUCCUCGGAGCGCUCCGACUCGGAGCAAGAAGAGAUGGACGUGGACGUGGAGAGCACGGACGACCUGCCGGCCGAGCUGGACUGGAGCAGCAGCAGCCCCAGCGACUCGGACGAGCGCGGCAGCCUGCAGAGCCUGGCCAGCGACGAGGGCUACUCCAGCUCCGGCGGCGCCCGGGCCAGGCUGCCCGGCGGCCACAAGCUUCCCGUUGGCAUUUAGGGAGCUCUCCCCGGCUCCGUGCCCUCGGGAACCCCGUCAGCCAGCACAGCGACCCCGCCAGCGUUCCCUGCACGGAACCCUCCCAAAGCCCGGCUGCUCCCGGGGCUCCGGCCUCUCUGCUCUGCUCUGGAAUGUUCUGGCAACAGCAGCGACCUCAGGAGCUGGCACUGCCCGGUGUUGCCCGUCUCUGGCGUGCUCCUGGCUCUCAGGACCUUUUCAGGUGUUUUUUUGGGAGCAGACCCCACGAGGAGCCGGAGUUUGUGGAUUUCCAUCCUUCCAGCCUCAGUCGGGGCUCCUUGCCCCGACUCUAAAUCUUCAGGGAGCCCGUGCCAGCCCCGCCGUGCUCCCGGAGCAUUCCCGGCCGGGCUCGGGGCCGUGCCCACCCCCGGGGUCCAGGUGCCCCUCCUGGAACGUGGCACGGCCCUCCAGACUCCUGCAAUUCCCUUCCCGCACCCUCGGGGACCUUUUCUUCUACCUCGGAGGGAGCCCAGGGCCUCUCUCCACCCCUUCAGCACAAAGGUGAAGCCUCUGCUCAGCAAUAACCCUGCGGGAUUUCCCGGCUCCGUCCUCCCAGGAUUGCUCCAGGCUCGUGGAAGGUUCCAGAAGCCCCCACAGGGAGUGCAGGGGGUUCCCAGCCGUGGUGUGGAUUCGUUUCCCAGUGCCCUGGAGGGAGCAUUCCCACCCCUCCCUGCUCCGGAGGUGCUCUGGGGAUGUUGGCGUGUAGAGAGCUCUGCUUCCAGCACCUUCCUUUUCCCCUGGGGCUGCUCCAGGGCUUUUCCAGGCCCUGCCGGGGAGCCCUCCCGGGGCUGGGAUGGAGCCCCGACCCUCUGCCGGUGCCUCUCAGGAAAUGCAGGUGCUGGAAGGCUUCAGAUGCUCCGUGGAGUGCAAGGGGAUGGACGAGCAGCAGGAGACUCCAGUGCUUUUUCCUCUCCUUUGUCCUUUCCCUUCCUUUUUCUUCCCCCACCCCUUUUUUCCCUUUUCUUUUUCCUUUCCUCCCCUUUUUUUUCCUUUUCUUUUUCCUUUCCCCCCUUUUUUUUCCCUUUUC